CUAAACCCAUAUCAACUUAAACACUAGUCCAUGAUAUAGUAACAAAUUUCAUCAUUUUUCUUAUGAAUCUCAAUACUAAAAACUAAGAAUGGAAGAUCAUGAAGAAAAGCCUCAUGCAAUUAUGAUACCUUAUCCUCUUUUAGGACACAUAAAACCAUUCGUUAAUCUUGCAAUAAAGCUAGCAUCAAAAGGCUUCAUCGUCACCUUCAUAAACACAGACUCAAUCCACCAUCAAAUUACAAACUCAGCAUCCGCCAUUAAUGACCAUCACGAUGACAUCUUCUUCCAAGCUCGUAGUUCUGGUUCAGACAUCCGUUAUUCAACUGUAAGUGACGGGUUUCCGUUAGGGUUUGAUAGAUCUCUUAACCAUGAUCAGUUCAUGGAAGGUAUUUUGCAUGUCUUCUCUGCUCAUGUUGAUGAUCUUGUCGGAAAAUUAUUGGUUCAGACGAAGCAUAAGGUCAAUUGUCUGAUUAGUGAUACUUUUUUUGUGUGGCCGUCUAUGAUUUCGAACAAGUAUAAACUUGUUAAUGUCUCGUUUUGGACUGAACCAGCUUUGGUUUAUAAUCUCUAUUAUCACAUGGAUCUGCUCAAGAUUAAUGGCCAUUUUGCUUGUCGUGAUAAUCGAGAGGACACCAUCGAUUACAUACCAGGAAUAGAAGCAAUAAAGCCAAAUGACUUAAUGUCAUAUCUUCAAGCCAAUGAUACGUCGACAAUUGUCCACAGAAUCAUCUACAAGGCCAUUUUUGAAGAUGCCAAAAAAUCAGAUUUCAUCCUUUGCAACACAAUUCAAGAGCUUGAACCUCACACAAUCUCAGCCGUUCAAAAAAACCAGCCAUUUUACCCAAUCGGCCCAAUUUUUCCAAACGGGUUCACCAAAAGUACUGUGGCUACGAGCCUAUGGUCCGAGUCUGACUGCACCCACUGGCUCAAAUCCAAACCCCAUGGCUCAGUUUUAUACGUCUCGUUCGGUAGCUAUGCUCACUGUAGCAAAGAGACUAUUCUAGAAAUAGCCCAUGGGCUUUUACUUAGUGGAGUGAGUUUUAUUUGGGUGCUUCGUCCAGACAUAGUGAGCUCGGAUAGUACUGAUUUCCUACCCGUUGGAUUUGAAAGUGAAAUUAAAGAUCGAGCGUUGAUUGUGCCAUGGUGUUGUCAAAACUCGGUGAUUUCACAUCCAACGGUUGGAGGAUUCUUAACACAUUGUGGAUGGAAUUCUAUAUUGGAAAGUAUAUGGUGUGAUGUACCACUGCUUUGUUAUCCUCUGUUGACUGAUCAAUUCACUAAUAGAAAAUUAGUGGUUGAUGAUUGGAAGAUCGGGCUCAAUCUUUGUGAUAGGAAGCCAAUCACGAGAGGAGAAGUUUCUGAGAAGAUCAACCGUCUGAUGUGUGGAAAAAUAGGCGUUGACUUGAGGGAGAACAUCAAGCGGCUUAAAAAGAUACUGGAGGUUGCCGUUUCUGCCGUUGGAUCAUCUGAAAAGAAUUUGAACCAAUUUAUUAGUGAUGUGAAGACUAAAAUGCAAAUUAAAAGGAAUUUCAAGCGUUAGAAAUUAAGGACGCAUCCACGAACAAUGCCAAAUUGCCACGCACUUCAACUACUAUUGUCUACGGAUACUUUAUUUUUUUUAAAGUAAAAUUUAGAAAAUGUUUGAUAACUCAAUUUAUUAGAUAAAUUAAUAUUUUAAAUACUUAAUUGUUUUAA